CGGUACUUCCGUUUUCUUCAGUCAACAGUCGUGGAAGACGUAAACACUCAAAAUGAAUGUUAUAUUGGCCGUGAAGCAGUACAUCAGUAAGAUGAUUGACGAAAGUGGGCCUGGAAUGAAAGUCCUACUUAUGGACAAAGAGACUACCAGUAUUGUGAGUAUGGUGUAUGCCCAGUCAGAAAUUCUACAGAAGGAGGUAUACCUAUUUGAGAGGAUAGAUUCGUCAGCCAGAGAAACUAUGAAACACCUGAAGUGUAUAUGUUUCCUGAGACCAACCCGAGACAAUGUAGAACUGCUGGCACAGGAACUGAGGAUGCCAAAAUAUGGCCUUUAUUAUAUAUAUUUCAGCAAUGUGAUCAGUAAACAGGAUGUAAAGGUGUUAGCAGAGGCAGAUGACCAGGAAGUUGUACGAGAAGUACAGGAAUUUUUUGGUGAUUUCAUAGCAGUCAAUCCACACUUAUUUACUCUGAAUAUUCUUGGCUGUAGUCAGGCCCUGAAUUGGUCGCCUUCCUCCCUCACUAGGACUACCCAGGGAUUAACAGCUGUGUUGUUAUCCCUGAAGAAAUGUCCAAUGAUACGCUACCAGAACUCCUCUGAAAUGGCCCGCAGACUGGCAGAGAAUGUCAGAAGUACAAUCAGUAAGGAGGCAGCAUUAUUUGAGUUCAGAAAGACUGAUGUAGCUCCAGUGUUAUUAGUACUUGACAGACGAGACGAUCCUGUCACACCUUUACUUAAUCAGUGGACAUACCAGGCUAUGGUACACGAGUUACUGGGGAUCAACAAUAACCGUAUCAACCUUGCACACAUACCCGGUGUCACCAAAGACCUACAGGAAGUUGUCCUCUCUGCUGAACAUGAUGAGUUUUAUGCAAAUAAUAUGUACAAUAACUUUGGAGAAAUUGGAACAAACAUAAAAGAUUUGAUGGAGGAAUUCCAGAAAAAGUCCAAAAGUCAAGCCAAGGUGGAAUCUAUAGCAGAUAUGAAGGCGUUUAUAGAGACGUACCCCCAGUUUAAGAAGAUGUCUGGUGCUGUAGCUAAGCAUGUGACAGUGGUGGGAGAGCUCUCCAGGCUGGUCAGUAAGAUCAACCUCCUUGAGGUGUCUGAAACAGAGCAGGAGCUGGCAUGUCAGGGGGAUCACUCAGCUUGUCUACAGAAAAUUAAGGGUCUGCUUAAUGGAGACAAGACGCCCCAGCUGGACAUGCUGCGUCUGGUGAUGCUGUAUGCCCUACGUUAUGAGAGUCAUAGCAACAAUGACGUGUCAGGCUUGGUCGAGGCUCUACGCAGGAAAGGUCUCAGCGAAAAACACCGAUCGAUGGUACAUGCAGUGUUACAGUACGGGGGGAGGAAGGCCCGUGGCAGUGAUCUGUUUGGUAAUCAGGACCCAGUUGCCAUCACCAAACGCUUCCUCAAGGGUUUAAAGGGAGUGGAGAAUGUUUAUACACAACAUAAGCCUCUGAUGUACAGCAUCCUUGACCAGCUGAUCAAGGGCAAGCUCAAGGAGGGAGCCUAUCCUUAUUUGGGCACAGGUCAAUUAAGAGAUAAGCCCCAGGACAUUGUGGUGUUUAUGAUAGGUGGAGCAACUUAUGAGGAGGCUUUAGCCGUCCACACCCUAAAUAGAUCAAGUCCUGGGGUGAGGAUCGUCCUUGGGGGAACCACCGUACACAACUUUAAAAGCUUUUUAGACGAGGUAUCCCAGGCCGUUGGAGGUCAGCCAUCAAGCCGGUCAGAGGGAAGGUCAAGACAGUGGUGAUCAACGAUUAGUGGUUUACACAAAUAUCAAAAACAAUGUUACCAUUAAUGUGAUCAGUGGUGAUCAACGAUUAGUGGUUUACACAAAUAUCAAAAACAAUGUUACCAUUACAAUUAUUUAUAUCCUCAUAAAACAGAUUUGCUGACCUGACAUCUGGGGCCUGUUCGUUUAUGUGGAACAACAGGUUUGCCUGUUUUUAAAUGCAACAUUUUUGGGUGUAAAUUAUUGCGAACAUGGGAAUGUUUAUGCAGGCCUUGCAAGGUUUUGUCAAGGCUCGCCUGAAAACAGCACCUGAUAACUAGGUCUGACCUUAUUUCAUAAACGAACAACUCUGGUCCAACCGUUUGGAUUGUGAUAAAAGAAAGUGGCCCUGGAGAAAAUGAAUCAACAAAAAUACUCUCUUGAACAAUUACGUUUUGUUAUAAAAUCUGUUAAUAUAUAUUCCUGUAAGUGUGCACAUUAUAAUUGUCCUAGUCUGAUGAUAAUCUGUGAUUAAGGAGAAGACGUGAACAGGACAGAAACACCUACCCAGGAUAAACGUGUGUGUGGAGUCACAGAAGGGUGGAGACACAUCAUCCUAGAUAAGUGAUGUAUCUUCUAUAUCUUUGUCGAUUAUACAGUGGAUAUUAAGAAGUUAUACAGAGUUCAUGCUGGUGAAAGAAAAUCCAGGAAAAAGUGGGAACAACACGGCAAAUCUCUUCCAAACGUCGGAAUUCAUUGGAGCAACAUUGACAUGUUUCGAUUUAUGUAUGUAAAGUGUUGAAAAUUAUUAC